CGGGCCCGUGCGGGCGCUGCCCGGCUUUGUACACGCGCGGCCCUUUAACAAUGGGCGCGGCGCGCGGCGCCGCGUGAUGGCGGCGGAGCCCCGGGGCCGCCGCGCCGCGCUCGGGUGUCCCGGGCCGCGCCCCGCCGCCUCCCCCGCGGCCGCCGCCGCCUCCGCGACCCCCUCGCCCGGCCGUGCCCCGCGGCCGGAGGGGGCGGCUUAACGAGCCGCACUUGUGCCCCGCAUGGCGGCCAGCUGGGCCGGGGGGCCGGGGGUGCCCCGCGGCAGCUGAUCGCGGUUAACCGGGGGCGAGCCAGAAAGGGGCGAGGGUGGCGCUGCCUGUCCCGCCCUCAGCGAGUGCCGCUUCCUCCCCGGUGCCUGGGCCCGGGCGCCGCGCCGCGCCGCCGAUGGAGCUGGAGGCGCAGUGGUGGACAGGACAGCUGGCGGCCGACAUCCACCAAGCGCUUCGAUACAAGGAGCUAAAGCUGCCCUCUUACAAAGGCCAGUCUCCCCAGUUACACCUGAGAAGAUACUUUGCAGACCUGAUUGCCAUUGUGAGCAACCGGUUCAGGCUGUGUCCGGCUGCGCGCCACCUGGCUGUGUACCUGCUGGACCUCUUCAUGGACCGCUAUGACAUAUCCACACAGCAACUGCACGUGGUCGCUCUGUCCUGUUUACUUUUAGCAAGUAAAUUUGAAGAAAAGGAAGACAGUGUUCCCAAACUUGAACAGUUGAACAGCUUGGGUUGUAUGACUAACAUGAAUUUGGUACUAACAAAACAGAAUUUGCUUCAUAUGGAGUUGUUGUUGCUAGAAACAUUUCAGUGGAAUUUGUGCCUCCCAACCGCUGCUCAUUUCAUCGACUAUUAUCUUUCUAUUGCUGUCCAUGAGACUGAUCUUCAUGAUGGCUGGCCAAUGGUUUGCUUAGAGAAGACUAAGUUAUAUAUGGCAAAAUAUGCUGAUUACUUUCUGGAAGUAUCAUUACAAGAUCAUGAAUUUUUAAAUUACGCCCCUUCUUUAGUGGCUACUGCAUGUGUAGCUUCUUCAAGGAUUAUCCUGCGUCUCUCACCCACGUGGCCCACGCGGCUUCAUCACCUGACUGCCUACUCCUGGGACUUCCUGGUGCCAUGUAUUGAGCGACUCUUAAUUGCGCACGAUAACGAUGUGAAGGAAGCAAACAAGCAGAAAGGACAACAGGCUCAGUCUGCCCAGCAUGCUGUGUUUCAGCCCCCAGCUCCAAGUGCCCAGCAGGCCAGUGCUCAGCAGCACGUACCACAGUACCUGCAGGCUCAUCAGUCUUCGUUGCAGUACCACCACCCAGCAUCACAGCAGCAAAGCUGCCAGCAGAUACUGUCAUCCACUCACACAGCCUCUUACCCGCUUCAGACUUGCCCUGCUGCCUUACAGACCAGUGCUCAGGCUCGAGGCCACGUCCAGACGGGCGCUGCCAUGUCGCUGGCUGUGCCACUGGAAGUGAAGCCAUGUAUAAGUGUCUCCUACAACCGGACAUACCAAGUGAAUGGACGAUAUUCCUGUAUUGCUCCCUGCUUUGAGAGGUGAUAAGUACAAAAUACUUUUGUGCUUGUUUGUUUGGGACAGAGAGUUGUGUGGAAAAUGGUUUCGUUUUUUUGUUAAACCUCAAAGUUGGAGGGCAAAAAAUUGAAUAAAAAAAGGUGUCUUCCCAGGAAAAAAGCAACUGGAUUGGCAACCGGUACCACAGCUCAAAUAACAGCCUGCAAAAAGUUAGCACACAGACCAUCCUCUGAAAAAAGAAUCUGUAUGCUUGGGGAUAAUGUGUUCUUACACUGACACUCAGAAUAUUUUGCUUCUAAUGAGUGUCUGUGAAAUACUACUCAAAAGAAAAACAGCUGUGGACUAACUACAGACUUACCUUUUAAUGAAGGAGAUAUGCAGUAUUAUUUUGAAGACAUUUAUGUCAUCCCACCGUACAGUAUUAACACUUACUUUAUACUUACUGAAACUUAAAAAUCCACUGAAUGCCAGACUUCUACAGGUACAUGGAGAUCACAGGAAGAAACAAAUCUCAUGUGGCUAACUCCAUAAUCUUGCCCCUAUUUCACCACUUGUGUUGGUUAUUUGCUUUAGGCUACCGCACGUGAAUUAACUGAUAUUUUGGCUAGUUUUUAAAGUCUUGUACUUCACAGGACCGACAGUAUAUUUUUGCCUCUUUUAUCCUCCCUAUCUUUUUUGUGUUUAAAGUAACUCUUUCAUACUAACUCAGGGACUUUUCUACUCAUUACUCUGUGCUGCUGGUUUGUACACUAAUUGGGUAUAACUCGGGGAAGGAAGGCAGAGGGGGAAGAGACUAUAGCAAAUGGAGUGGCUUUUCUUCAGGGCAUCUAUGCAGAGUACCAAAGGGAUAUGUUAGUGUUCACAGAAUGUAGAUGUGAACUACUGCCCAGCAGUGUGAUAAUUGAAGAGAAAGUUUCAACUGAACUUGUACUGUACCAGAACUACUACAGUGGCUGUGAUUCCUCUUUAUACACACACACACAUGAAUACCAUUAACCAACAGAAAGCAUCCUCCAGUUGUACUGACAGCAUCAGCCCUGCAGAAAAAGUGCACUUAAAUGCUGACAGAAAUCCAGUUCUGUCACAUUUAUAGUGGAGGGAAAUUCUCAGGUAAUAAAGGGGCAACUUUUUCUUCUACUAUUUGGGAGUUCCAGAAGAAGAAGUAGAGAUUUGCUCUUCCAAGUGAGUGGAUCAAAAAUAUUUUGCAGAGUGAACUCCUUCACCACAAGUAAGGUGCUAAUAUAACUUUAUGGAAUUACACUAUCUCCUGUGGAGUGGAUAAUCUGAGGGUAGAAAGCUUCACUCAUCCACCUCUUGGAUGAAAAUUAUAGUAGAGAUAUUAAUGGAGAUGGUUUUUGGGGUCCUUUGUGUGUUUGUUGGGGUUUUUUAGGGGAGUGUUUUGUUUUGGUGGUUUUUUUU